AAAAUUAUCUUCACUGGUUUCCCCAUGUCAAACUAAUAAAUGCAGAUUUAAUGUUUAAGGAAGUCCUAGCAAACCAAAGUGAUGAUCCUUUAGAAGAUGUGAAAGUCUUCUAUACAGAUGGAGGGAGAAAGGAACAACAAACAAAGGCAGGGUAUGUUACAUCCACAGGAAAAAAUAGAAUAGAACAUAUAGUAGGAUCAAGUCAGCAAGCGGAAAAAUAUGCAAUAAAAAUGGCCUUUCAAGAUUCAGGUCUGCAAGUUAACAUCAUCACAGAUAGCAAGUACUGCUUCUCCAUUUUAAGGGCUAGACCAAACCCAGAAACUAUAGAAAAUAGUUUAUGGAAGGAGAUAAUUUCAUUAGUUAUGAGAAAGGACAAUUGGUAUAUAGGAUGGAUACCAGGACAUAAGAGGGUACCUGGAAACACAGAAGCAGACCAAUUAGUAUCUAUUGUUGUGGAGGGAGAAAAUAUUAAGGACAAAAGACCAGAAGAUGUAGGCUAUGAUCUAUGUACCCCAAAAGAUUUAUUUGUAUUACCUAGGGAAAUUAUAAAACUAAACAUAGAAACAAAAAUAGAAAUCCCAAGAGCACACUCUGACAAGCAGAGGGCCAGUGCUGCUUAUAUUCAGUUCAGUCACUACGUCAAAGGCACUUGUGGUUAAUCUGCGGUCUGCUGCAGAUGCGAUGCUGACACUUCCUGGUUGCUUGUAGCACGUACAACACGUCCUGGUGGUUAAUCUGUGGUCGGCUAUAACAUCCUGCAUAACAUCUCCUAGUUCAUAACAGUUCUCGGAAGCCCUUUGUCUGCUGGGAAGUUCUGCAACAGUGGGUUCAUGCUCACAGGACUCCCUCAGUCCACCCUUUUCUUUUCUAUUGUGGCAAGAUGGUGGGGUUAAUUCUUAUGAUGGUGUUCCUUCCUCUCUGUGGGAAAUCUAGGACGUCUUGUUUUGGGGCAGUACGUUCCUGAUGUUCUGUACCUUAUCUCGAACAUUCAGCUGCCAAGUGGAGCUGCGCAAAUUGGGCUUCCAGUCUUCAGCCACCAAGUGGAGCUGCGCAAAUAGGGCUUUAGCGAGCCAGCCAGGAGGAAAGGGUUAUUCUGCUAGCCACUCCCCCAGGAGUGAUCCCAGCGGAGGAACUGCCACCAUGGUGGUGCGCCUCAGACAACCACCCUGGAUGCUCUAGGUCAGAGGCACUAAUGCCGGAGGGAAAGGUUACUUUUAAUUAAACAUUCCAAGGAAUGAAUGCCUCCCUCCUGGCUGCAGAUAUGUUAAAAUCCUUCAUCAAAUUGGCCAUAAAAGGUUGCAAGGAGAGGGGGAGUUCCAGCCAAGGUUUAUUUGGGGAAGUGACAAUUAUAACAGCUAAUAGUACAUGGGUCUCACUUGAGAACAUCUCAAUAGAGACUAGCUAUUACACCUGUAACCUGGAAAGGCUACACAAUUGGGCUGCAGGAGGCAGAAAAUUCGCUUUGUGUCUAACAGAGGGUUACUUCUUUCUAAGAGAACGAACUUUGCAAUAUUGCAUUACUAACCUUUCUAGUACUCUUACCAAUCAAACCGUGAUCUCAGAACUGAUCUUUGGACCUAAUGGAACACUUUAUGGGAGCAUGUCUGGCGUUGACGAAUGUAACUACACAUAUCAUUGGGUACCAGGAAAUAUGUCUGUCAACUGCUCCAGAACCAUCUGGAAACAAAGAGUAUCAACACAAUGCAAAUUUUGGGGUUUUCCCCUAUCAUAUUUGAGCUAUAAGGAAAAAAGGUAUGGGCAAUUGAAAUGCAAUUACACUGGUGAUCCUUGGAGGCCAGAUGGAGCAGUAUUAAAUCUAUGGAAGGUCAAUACCAGCCACGAUCAAGAAAACCCUGCCAGGUGGUUCCUAUUUCCUUGCCACUCAAGGAACUUUAGCAUCAUCAUACAAUGUCCUUGCAUUGAUAGCAAAAAAGAAAGUUCUCCCUGCGGUAACACAAAUGACAUCUCGGUAGAUUGGAAUAACUGUACAAUAGCAAAGAAUAUUCCCUUCUGGGAUGGAGGAGCCGAAGGGUUAAUAGCUAAUUGGAGCAGAACAUCCCUCAAAAGCAUGACAGGGAACUGGACAUGCUAUACUGCCUGGAAAGGGUUCUAUAACAGCAGCUAUAAUAAUUCUAGUGACGGAGGUGAAUGCUCAUGUCAAAAUAAUACCAUUAUAAAUUUUAUAGAUCCAUACUCUAACCUUAUGCAUCAGUUAAAAGACUACUCCAUAAUCAAACAACCUUCAAUAGGAGUGUUCAGGGAAAGUGAAUUCCCAAUGUGGGGGUCCAAAAGGUCGAUUGGCAGGAGGAAAAGAGCUGUACAGGUACCAUUGCUUCUGUUCUCCUUGCUGAUGAGCGGAAUCGGAGCCGCAUCAGGGAUAACUGGAGUGCUCCAAUCAUCAGGGCUGGUAGGAGUCUUGAAGGAGCAACAGAAACUCCUGAGAGGCAUCCUUGAAACCCAAGGAUUGUUGUUGCACAGACAGGAGGCCCUGGAGGCAGGCCUGAUGGAACUGGAGGCAAGAGUAGACAGAAUCGAUUGGAUCCUGGAAACAGCCCAAUUAAUGAAUUUGGCCGGAUGUGGGAGUUUUACCCCAGUAUGUCUGACCCACCUUGUUUGGAAUUCCACUUAUAACAUCACCAUGAAGAAUAGGACCAUGAGCAACUGGUUAAAUCAAAGCAGGACAUAUAAGGAGUUAAUACUGCAGCAACUGGCUGAGAGUGGCGCCUCGUUCCAAUCAUUAGAGGUACAACUCAAAAAUUUUGAGGAGUCAAAUUGGCUAACUACCAUAUGGAAUAAGUUCAAGGAUCUGUGGAGAUCGUGGGGUGUUCUAGCACUUAUAGUACUGCUCUUACUUCUUUUCGGGCCAUGCCUCUUUCAAUGCGUUCAAAGUAUGCUUUAUAAGUUUGUAGGUUAUUCUCUUAUAUCUGAACAAGACCAAAUCCUUCCUGCUCUCUCUGUGGCGGACCAGAUAAUGAUGGCAGACAUCCUCGGGCAGGCAGACGUAGAGGUCAGCGACGAUUCCUCGCUCGGGCAAGGCGUCAAGCCAGUGAAGGACUGGAAGCCCAAUUUGCGCAGCUCCACUUGGCAGCUGAAUGUUCGAGAUAAGGUACAGAACAUCAGGAACGUACUGCCCCAAAACAAGACGUCCUAGAUUUCUCACAGAGAGGAAGGAGCACCAUCAUAAGAAUUAACCCCACCAUCUUGCCACAAUAGAAAAGGGUGGACUGAGGGAGUCCUGUGAGCAUGAACCCCACUGUUGCAGAACUUCUCAGCAGACAAAGGGCUUCCGAGAACUGUUAUGAACUAGGAGAUGUUAUGCAGGAUGUUAUAGCCGACCACAGAUUAACCACCAGGACGUGUUGUACGUGCUACAAGCAACCAGGAAGUGUUAACAUCGCAUCUGCAACAGACCGCAGAUUAACCACAAGUGCCUUUGACGUAGUGACUGAACUGAAUAUAAGCAGCACUGGCCCUCUGCUUGUCAGAGUGUGCUCUUGGGGCACUCUCGCUCAGAUCAUCCUCCCGGUCGAUGCACCCAAAAGGUGUGCUCCAGGGAGGGGAUCGGUCACCUUCUCGGUCGAUGCACCCAAACGGUGUGCUCCAGAGAAGGGGAUCGGGCGGGAGUACCCUGGGCCCUCUCCCUAGCCCCCAGGGCUAGAGUUGUCUGUCUUGUCUUAGCUAUUGUGUGGUACGUGCUAAUAAACAGCUUUCGCUUUCA